UUAUAUCAGUCUUGUGACUUUAUUUUGAAACCUUUGCUCCAUAACAGUAAAGGUGGAAAUAAAAGACACAAAUGCAGUGCUAAGGACCACCAUUAUCUAUCUGACUUACGGUUAUUGAGAUUGAAUCUUUUAGAUCAUGAGAAAGGAAACCGACAGCACGGAGAAUCAGCAGGUCAUCAGUGUCUGGGUACGGGACCCACGGAUGCAAAAGAAUGACUUCUGGCAUGCCUACAUAGACUAUGAAAUUUGUUUACAUACCGACAGUGUGUGCUUCACCAAGAAGAUCUCACAAGUGAGAAGGAGAUACAGUGAGUUUGUAUGGCUCAGGCGAAAACUGCAGGCAAAUUCGAUGCUAAUGGUACAUGUACCAGGCCUGCCCCCUAAAAACCCUUUCUUCAGUCUUAAUAACGCUCGGCAGAUCACUGAUCGAAUGAAAGGGCUCCAGAAAUUUUUGGAACAAGUCCUUCAGAACCCUCUGCUGCUGUCCGACAGCUGCCUUCACCUUUUCCUACAGUCACAGCUUAGCGUGCCUAUGAUAGAGGCCUGCGCUGCUGGAAGGACGCACUACUCUGUGGUUCAGGCUGUACAGCGCUGCGGCCUCCGGAGAUUCCACUCAGAAGAGGAUCUGCACAAUAACCUCAAAAUUUCCUGUGACUCUGACUCAGAUAGCUCCGAGGGUAGGGAUCCAGAACACAAGAUUAAAGAUUUGGAAGCUUCUUCUCUUGAUCUCAUUGAAACGAGCCAGGAGGAAGAGCUGAGCUGCUUAUCUCGUUCUACAUGAAAGCAUCAUCUUCAUACUGCUGACAGAAUGUGGGAGUCUCUGCACCCAUACAAUGUUUUGGAUGAGCGAAGGAAAAAGCUAUUACCGUAAACCUGUUACUGCACUUAACAUGACUCGUCUUAAUUAUUUCAUUUAUUUAAAAAAAAUGUCACAGCUUCUUUUGUUCUUGAUGAGACGUUUUAGUUUGAAAUUUGCACAGUAAAUAAUAAUAAAAAAUUACCUCUUGUAUAUUACAUAUCUAUUAUCUAUCUACAUUUAUAUCUAUCUAUAUCUACCUGCACGUUCUCAGAUUGUCUGAAUAAAUACAAAGUUGUACCAACAAUUUGCCUGAAGAUGGCAGUGUUGUAACAGCAAUGCGUUUGUAUAAUCUUUGCUUCAUAAACAUUGCUUGAAUUUUGAUCAUUGAGACUGAAACUGGUCAGAUAUGAGUGCAGUGAAAGCCUUUUGUUCUCCUCUCUGUGCUUCACUCCCAAUCAAGGGAAGGGUGUGGAAAGCUUGUCAUCUGGUGGCCACCGCAGUGCUUAGCAGUAUGACAUGUGUAAUAGGGUCUCUGCAGAGUUUUUAGACAGCCCCCUUGUCAGGUGUGUGGCUGGUAGGAGGUCCUGUGGGAUCCCAAUGGACUUGCUCCUGUCUGAGAGGGCUAUCAGGUAGACAGGCUACAUUGCUCCCUGCUGAACAAAAUGCCAGCUGCACUGACAAGACACCCUUU